AUGCGUUAUCCGCCCACCCCGAAAUACCAACCGAGCCCCUACGAACCAGCACAGACCGAGCGCGGAGUUGCUGGCCCGACAAUCGACGAAGAUGACCAGGAGGAGUAUGACGCCACCACAGCCCUUCAAUUUCCGGGCAUUCGCAACCUUCACUACGAAGGCUUCACCGCUGACUAUCUCGCUGAAGUGGAGCGCCACUUCGCCGAUGCCAAAGUCCGUAUACAUUUCUCUAUCAACCCGUCGCUCCAACGUCCGGAUGAACAACUCACCAUACUCAACUACCGUCCAGAGAUCGAGGACAUCUGUCAGGAACGAUUCGGCCUUACCUUUCGUGGCGGCCUCCUGGAACACGGCCAGCAGCUCCUCGGGGACCCCCUACAACGCACCAUCCAGGCCUGGGCAGCACCACGUCGUGGCUAUCUGUUCCUCCGCGACAUCUAUGUGGUUAUGGUCGACCAUUAUGCUGGUGUGCUCGACAACGGGCUCUAUUCCACCAACUCGAAUACAAUCCAUCCAAACUCACCCCUGGAGUCCUCAUGCUCGCCCUACGAGCCCUUAGGGCAACCGACGCAAUCGUCCAAAGCCACACCCGGAUGUGCGGAACUCAUGGCCCACGUGACCACUGGGCUGCCAUUGGCUGUGUUAACUGGCCCUCGGAAGGCCAGUAUCGCUCGCUUCUGCCUCGCCUUCCCCAGCCAAAGAAUGGCAGAAUCUGUAUACGCCUUCUUCCGCCGACACGUGGCCGACCCCAACCGACUGGAUUUGCCCCUCCCCCCCUCCAUGAAGCUUCUUCCCUUACGUGAUUUCUGCUGGGACAACCCCACAUCGACCUUCUUCCAGGCCACCAGUGCCGCAACGCUUGUGCAUACCGAAGUCCGCAUUGGUCGUCUUCCACCACUCACAGCUACCGAGGAUAACCUCGCCGCGCUCCGCGGGUCAUGCCGCGCCAUCCCAGACGUCAACAGUCGACGGCUAUGCCACCCUAACGUUCGACACACCACCGCCCAUUGCCUUUCUCUGGUCCACCUCUGGCCCCCAUGGCGACACCUGACUCUAUAUCCUGUCGCGACUGUGGACGCCACGACUACCAGUGCCAACCCGGUGACCGCUUCACCUAUCUUGACACACGGGAUCGCGUCCGCAGCAAAUCCCAGCACAAAUCCACCGCUCGCAGGGACAUACACAGCCCGGACACACACGCGCGCAGGACCAGUGGACACCGCCGCGCGGGACAAUACCCCCGCUCCGCCUCCCAACACUCCGCCCCGGACGACCACCAGGCCUGGCAAUUCCCUCUCCAGCUCCACCCGGCCCAGGUCCCCGGCCCCAACACCGAUCUCAGUCUAUACCUCCGACGUGAUCUAUCCACAUACGUGGACCAACGCAUCCGCUACUUUUUCCACUCUGGAUGCGCGCCUGCUAGAGGAACGGCGCCUACGGGAAGCCGAGGAACUCCUCCAAGCGGAAGACAACCGCUUAUGUACCGAGGCGCAAAACAAACUGAACACCGUGGCCUCGGGCCUCUACCUCCCACCCGCCGCACCCAUGCCACCCGUCACCGACUUCCCCACGAAUUUACUCGACACUGAGGAGGAUGAACUAAUGGCCCUUGGCCAAGGCCCCAACGAUAACAUGGGCACGGAGCCAGACGAACACAUGGCACCGACGACACACCGGCAACGCCUCUGGUCUGGAACAUGGUGGCUCCUGACUACUGCUCUGUGCGGACGCGUGCAACCACCCCGCCGAGUGUCCCCGACACCACCUCUCCCCGGCAACGCCGCCGCUGACGCACCUGGCGAUUCCAGCGCCUUCCUCUCCCCCCACCUGACGCCGACACGGCCAGACACCAACUUGAUAACAUCCUCCGAUGUGAAUCCCUCAAAUGUGAAGUCUACAUUGGCGACCCAGGAAAAGGCACCCCCACCGCACCGCCAGAUAGAUAGCCUGUGUAUUGCAUCGACCAAAAUCAAUAAAAACACGUAUGGUAAAGCGGGAGAUGAACUGGCCACCUGGUUCCAUGCCAGCGCGCUGGACAUUCUCAUCAUCGCUGACUCCGACCUUCCCGCACACAAGGCCACACAACUCUGGACCCCCACACCCAGUGGCUCCCUCACACCUCACCUCAUGGCCAUCAGUAAUCACAGAGUCAGCAUCUUGUAUGAUACAACGCUGGCACUCAUGAUGUACUGUACACCCUACUCCCCUUCGGGUCGCAGAAUCUCCAUUUGUGUCCGCCUUGGAAAAGGUUCUCUCCUAGCCCUCAUCGGCACGUACUGCCAAGACACCCCUGCGGCUCAUCGCGAGGCUACCGACCAGGAAUGGCAAUAG